AUGGCUCCAAAGGCAGAGAAGAAACCAGCAUCCAAGGCUCCAGCUGAGAAGAAGCCAGCCGCCAAGAAGACCGCUUCUUCUGGUGAGGGUAAGAGAAAGACCAAGACCAGAAAGGAGACUUACUCUUCUUACAUCUACAAGGUGUUGAAGCAGACUCACCCAGACACUGGUAUUUCCCAGAAGGCUAUGUCUAUCAUGAACUCUUUCGUCAACGACAUUUUCGAGAGAAUCGCUACCGAGGCUUCCAAGUUGGCUGCUUACAACAAGAAGUCCACCAUUUCCGCUAGAGAGAUCCAGACCGCCGUCAGAUUGAUCUUGCCAGGUGAGUUGGCCAAGCACGCUGUCUCCGAAGGUACCAGAGCUGUUACCAAGUACUCCUCUGCUGCUAACUAA